AUGUCUGGAUGUUCUUCUAAAGAAUUUGUUCAACUGACAUCACCUGAAGAAGGAAACUGGCUUUCCCUUGGACGGGCGUUGACAACACUUCUCUGCCAAGGCCUUCGCCCAUUCAUAAAGAGAGAAACCGAGGCCUUCUACAAUAAUUUAAGGGCAGCGAUGGCAGCUGGAGCGUGCACCUGUGUUUAUGUUACGGGAAGGAAACCAAAUCAGUACCAUGACAUGAGAGCCUGCCAGUGGGCAAACGUCCUUCAAGGUUACCACCUCGGAAGAAGGCUGAACUGGAAGCAAAGUGAUUCCAGUAAAUGGUUGGACCCAGAUAUUGGUCCCUGGGAGAUAGCUAAACUCUUCCUCCCCGAUGUCGGAAUUCAUUCGGUUGUAGAAAGUGUCGACGACUUGGAAAUUACAAAUAUUCUUAAUUUAAUGUUCUGGUGCAAUCAUUUCACUGUUCAGCGCCCACUGAUAAAGGAUGUUCGUGACAUUCGAAACACAAAAUGGGCUCAUGUACAGAAGUUGGAGUUGUCCGAAGUAGAAAAGAAGGAUGCUUUUGGCGCGAUUGAGAAACUACUCAAAGAUCCAGCCCUAGCGAGUGAUUUAGAUGUCCGGAAUGCCUUGCAGGAAAUCUCAACUCUGAAAAGCACAAAAGAGGUGCACAUUUUCAGAGCAGAGGUUUUGUACCGUUUUAAACAGGUGAUCCAAAAUGACAUUACAGGCCUUAAGAGUGAAUUGAAAAUGUUUAAGAGAGAAUCAAAUAAAAACCAGAAACAACGUAGCCGUGUGGAGGGUCAAUUACGAAAGCUCCAAAGGGCGAAAGAAAACUUGGAGAAAAAAACGAAAGGUACUAUUUCCGUGCCACGCCACAUUGUCUAUCGUCUGCUUACCGUUGGAUGUUACCUGGUCAGAAGUGCUAUAGCCAUAAGGAAAAAGCCGGUCUAUACUUUGAUGAUGUUCUUGAUCUUUUUUAGUCUCGUUGGCAAUUUAGACGACAAGUCAUAUGGAGAUGGAUGUCCAGCUGAGGAUGUCAGUGCUCCAUUCGAUACCAAGGAGUUCAACUUGACCGACUACUUAGCUAUGGCUCGAGAAAACUUCAUUGGUCGUCGAUGGUUAUAUAGUGAAAUAGAAAAUGCCCUCCAUCCCCCAAGUACUGCCUCUGGCGUCAUGAUUGUCGGAGAUCCAGGUGCUGGUAAGUCUGCAUUAUCUGCCCAAUUGGUUUGUUCCCGUUCAUCAAGUCGCACUAUUCACGACCAUAUAUUGGGAUACCAUCUCUGCAAACAUUCUGACAAAAAUACACAAAUUGCUGGCAAAUUUGUUCGUAAUUUGGCAGAGAUGAUAGCUCGGAGAAUCCCAGAAUAUGGUUACAUUGUCUCGAACAGCUCCUACAUUCUGAGAUCGCUAAAUAUUGACUGCGUAACCAUCAGAGAUCCUGUAGGGUGCUUCGAACAAGCAGUUUUGACACCCUUGAGAAGCCUGAAAAAUGUACCUAAGGAGAAUUGGUAUAUUGUCAUAGACGCUCUGGAUGAAUGUCUGACACAAACAGAAACAAGUCAUAGCAUUGUUUAUUUACUCAACAACAAACUUCCUCGGUUUCCAUCUUGGCUGAAACUUGUGUUGACAUCCCGUAAUGAAUCGAGUGUAUCCUUGAAUACAGGCAGCAUCGUCAAGUUAAGCAUCAAUCCUGAAGAUUCUCGAAAUAUCGAAGACAUCGAACUGUUUUUGACCACAAGAUUUUAUCGAGAUAGUCCACUGCUUUAUAGAGUGAAGACCUGGUUCGGUGAGAGCAGCGUGGAAAACACUGCAAAAUUGAUCUCUGCCUUGUUACGCAAAAGUCAGGGAAAUUUCUUGUUUGUUAAGGAGAUGAUUCAUCACUGGGAGACCACAAGGGUCAAACGAAAUGAUCCCUAUGCACUACCUGAAACAUUAGGGGAAUUGUACCACAGUUAUUUCCAAAGAUUAUACAAUACAAGAGAGCAAUUUAAACCUGUGCGUCGGGUGUUAGAAUUACUUGUAUCAACGUUUCAUCCAAUGACACACCGGGAAAUUUUUGACGUACUCAAAAUGAAUGAAAAACAACUGGAAGAAGAUUACGACUUUCGAGAUCGAAUGAAAGAACUUGGACAUUUUGUUCGAUAUGGAAAGAAUAACACAGUGACACUGUAUCACUUGUCUCUAACCGAGUGGCUUACAAGCGAAAGGAAUGAAAAUGGCCCAUUCUAUGUCAGCAAAAAGAAAGGUCACGAAGUUUUUUGUGAUUACUACCUUCGGCUUAUUGGUGAUGGAGGUAAGUCUGCACUGGCUACACAUAUUCUUUCUCUGGCGCAGCACAUCGCCUGUGGCGGUUGGAGGGAGGCAUAUGUCAAAGAAUUUCUCAAGUUUCCUUCACAAGUUGUCAACUCAUCAGAUCCUGGAAGUAAUCGGACGUUACUGCACCACGCUGCUACGAUCAAUAGCACAGACGUAUUAGAACUAUUGCUACACCAUUUCAGUUGCAUAGACUGUGCUGAUAAACGUGGAGUGACACCUGCAUUUUUGGCGGCCAAGCAUGGACUUGUUGACAAUCUGGCCCUAUUGGUAAAGAAGGGAGCUAGAAUAAACCGUAAAACAAAUUCAGUAAAGACCAAAAACGUACUUAAUGGUAUAGACGCGGCUAAGAUACACAACUCUCAUAUUCCUUUUUCUGAAAUUAAAUCAAAAUUUUGGGGGGCCACCAUGCUCUACGGUGCUGCUCACGGAGGCCACCUGGAGGUUGUUAGGUUCCUUCUCGAAAACGGUGCAUUAAUUUCGACGGAAAGCGAUGUUCAUCUAACAGCACUUCAGGUUGCUGCCGAGAAUGGACAUGUAGAGGUCGUUAAAACUCUUUACAAAUACGGUGGAGUUGCAGAUCAAACUGCUUUACAUCAUGCAGUCGUAAACAACAGGCUAAACGUUGUAAAAUACCUUUUGAAAAUCGGUAUAAAGGAUAAAUGUAUGAGAUGCGAUGGAUCUCUCUACUGGCUAAAGACAAAACACCGUUAUCAAAGCCAGGUUAGGUUAGAGGAUUUCUCUUUUCCCAUCGAGAAACACUGCAAAUCAAGCUAUAAAUUAGCUAAUUGCCCGCUGAUAGACGAUGUAUGUAUUAAACGCGAUGCUGUCUUCAUUAAUAUUGAACUCGGCGAACUGUUCGACGACAAACAUCUAAUUUUCUGUAAUACUGCACUGCACGCAGCAGUAUCCUUAGGUCAUAAGGCAAUAAUCGAGGAGCUCGUCUCAGGAGACAAACGGGCGUUAGCGUGUCGUGAUUAUUCAGGUAGGACACCACUGCACGAGGCUGUCCGAAGAAAUAAUAAGGAAGUGGUCGAACUUCUGCUCUCUAAAGAUAAAGCACAGAUAAAUUCAACAUGUGAUCGAUGGCAAGAUAUCGAGUUGCAAACUGAAACAAGCGUUAGUUUUGUGCUGAGCUAUGAAGAAUCCAUAGAAUACUAUGGAGAUGUUUGCCACUGCGGAUAUUCUCCUCUCCAUCUGGCUGCACGCUAUGGAUAUUUGAGCGUUGCUGUUGCUCUUUUGAAAAGCAAGGCAAGUGUUGGAGUUAAGGACUGCUCUGGUGCAUCGCCACUUCAUGUGGCUGCUUGUCAUAAUCACCGGAAUAUCAUAUAUAUGCUUCUGAAACUCGGUGCUGAUAUUAAUAGCCGAUCAUCUAACGGUUCGACACCCAUUCACAGUGCUGCAGCGUGUGGUGCUAUUGAGGCAAUUACCUAUUUAAUUUAUCAUGGAGCAGACAUUAACGAAAUCGAUUACAGCGGGCUCACGCCUUUGCACUAUACCAUACGAAAUAUAACUUCAAAUCAACUUGAUCGACUACCUCUCGUGAAUUCGACCAGCGAGGAAAACGUAUUUCAUCUGAUAACGGUUGACCGUAGAGGCCAUCUUGCUAGUUUUUAUAAUGAGGGAGACUACUGGAAGAACACAGAUCUUUAUCGAUGGUUAGACGCUUUCAUUCAUUUGAUCCUAUAUGGUGCUGAUAUGAAUGCUGCUGACAAACUAGGUCGAUCAGCAUUGCACAUAGUAGCUGAAAACGGUUUGGCUGAUGCAGUCAAUGUCCUUUUGCAAAGAGGAGCGAAGCUUGAAAUGCACGACAGGUUGGGGAGAACACCAUUGGAAGUGGCAAUCGAAAGGGCCAGGGUAUUACCUGAGCAUUCGCAAGUAAUCCCUCAUGAGAAGAACUUUCAGGCCUUGCGUGAAUAUUUGCAAGAUCAUGAUUUGGUCGUACACCUUCUUCUCUCGUCCGGUGUUUCAUUUACAAAGUGUAAUAGCUCCGGCGAAAGCUUAUUACAUCGCGCUGUCCUGAAUAAUCAGCCAUAUAUUGCACAGAUGCUGCUUUUAAAGGGAGCCAACAUGAACUGUAAGGAUAGUUUAGGACGUACUCCUCUUGUAGCUUUUCUUCAUAAUGGUGGAGAUUGGCGCUUGGCAGAUGCGAUCUUCUUGAAAGGCUCCAUGAAGAUUAAGUGCGGAGAGCCAUUCAACACAUCUUUAUUUCAUUUAAUGAGUUAUUUUUCCCCAAAGCUUGAGGGUUACAACUUCUUUCAACAAAUCUCGUGUGAUAAUCGAACAUGUUCAAAAGAGAGUCCCUUUGAAAAAGCUGUUGAAAGGCACCGUUUGAAGUACACAGUCAUCAAUUCUUGUUUGGAUGCCGAAGGAUUCACACCGUUACACAGAGCUGCUCAGGGUGCCAACAUAGUUGCUGUUCGUAACCUCGUGAAAAAUGGUGCCGAUGUUUCCUUACGAAGCCCACAGGGGCAUGACGCCCUCACACUGGCCAUUCUUUAUAGUGGAGGUAAUUUGUGGCCUUUUAUGAGAACUGAAGCUAAACAAUUAAAAAUGGAUGAAGCUUCUGACGUAGCCCUAGAACUACUUCGUUACAAAAUGAAAACUGACUUCCAAAUUGUGUGUGACUCCAGCAAAUCUGAGCUGACUUUGUAUCACUUGGCAGCCUCUCGUGGGCUAGUAAAAUUUAUUAAGGAGAUCUUCAGAGACGGUGAACUUCAUAGGUUAAAUGUUGAUUGCCCAAACAAGGAUGGAAUUACUCCAAUGUACUUGGCUAAACUAUGUAGUAGUAAUGUGACCGAAAUUGACCUUUAUAACCCUUGGGCUGAAGUUGUACAGUUUAUUGAGAACCAGGGAGGUCAAACACAAUACCCAAACAGAGACGCUGAACUAAAUUUGAUCUACAACCGGUUGUAUGGUUGGAGUCCAACGAGCUUCAAACUGAAUACUAGGCCUGACGUUCAGAGUUUUGUCAUUGGACUGUUAUCUACUUACAUGAAUAGCACAACUACAACAAUGGACUGCGAACCCAAAUCAACUCUAAUCCCAGUCAUCAAUGAGAUUGGUAACCCCUCCUUAACAUUGAACAUUUCAACGGAACUGUUAAACCAGUUAAACCUGCUUAAACGCCGGAGCUGCUUGGGGAUCAUUGUGAAACUUGCUGAGCAGGAUAUCGCCAUUUGUCGGAAAGAAUUACAGAGAUAUGAUUAUUCCUAUAAGGAAUAUAGAAGACACCUAGAUCCUGCAAUUUUCCGGUCCGAGGUUCCACUCGAAAUCAAGUUGUACCACAUAAACUCAAUUCUUUACCAUUUAAUGAUGAUGUGGCACAAGGAAGUAUUCCAACACUUUGCAUGUUAUAAGAUAGUCUUCGAUAAUAAUCGGCCAUUUUUCCAGGAUGACAGAAAAUCUAAACAACUUAUUAAGCAGUAUGAAGACGGCACCCCGCUUUGGUAUUUACAAAAUAUUUGUUCAUGGUUGCAAAUUGGAUUUAAUUUACAUAAUAUUUAUCAUUUAACCAACGUUAAUUACCCAGAGCUCAGCGUAUAUUUUUUCAAGCAUCCAAGCUUCGCACGGGAGCGAAUGGGAUGGACUGUCGAUGACAAGAAUAAUUCUCAUUUUUGGCCGUUAGAAUUUCUAGUUAAAUUUUCCUUCGACCUGUAUCGUAAGUACGACUAUCUAAAGGUUCUUAACGUUGGACUUGGACCGGAAACUCGAAUUUCUUUGCUUACAGACAAGGUAAGAAAAAUACUUUUGGCAUCAUGAACUUGUUUUAAGUUUCCCUCAAGAUUUCUUUGACAUUUAGAUAUGUUAGAUAGGUCAAGAAUUUCAAUGUUUCACAUCAAAUUUGUCAAAUUUUAGCGACUCUCUUCCGUUUGGUAAAUGUCUCUUGCAACAUUUCCCCAUCGAGAUUUUAUAGCAGCGUUGUAAGCUGAACGAAUAAGAGAUGACAGUCUUGAAUUUGCACAAAAAUUGUGAUCUUUUUAGCUGCAAUAAAUUAUUAGAGAAUAAUGAAACUAGGAAAAAACCAACGUAUAUAUUUGAUUUUCAUUUCCCCUCUCCCUCAAAUUU